UAGAGUCAAACGAACGUGCUAUCGAAGUGUCACUAUAAAACCAGUCUGCCAGAGAGAGAGAGAGAGCGAGAGAGAAAGACAGAGAGAGAAAGAGACUCAGCAUUAAAAACAUGAGUUCCACUUCCAUACGCUUGCUCAGCAAGACCAAACAAACCGCACGGAUUGUCAUCAUUGGUGCUGGUGCUGCGGGUAUAGCAGCUGCCACACGACUACUCGAACAGGGAUUUCGUAAUGUAGUCGUGAUUGAGGCAGAGGAUCGUAUUGGUGGACGUAUUAAUACCAUACCAUUUGCCGACAAUGUUGUCGAUUUGGGUGCCCAGUGGUGUCACGGCGAAAAGGGCAACGUGGUAUAUGAGAGAGUAAAGGAAUUAAGUCUCCUUGAAGUGACUGAAGAUCAUUAUGAGACAUUCAAAUGUGUGCGUUCCAAUAGGGAAGUUGUUGACGAAGAAAUAGCCGAACAAUUGAGAUCAAUUGCCUUUAAUUCAAUACCCGAAAGACAAACGGAAUUGAUAAAUUAUGAGGGAUCACUUGGUGACUAUUUGACAACGAAAUAUUGGCAAGAAUUGGCCAAAUUACCACAAAUUGAACGUCCCAUAGCCAAAGAGUUUUUGGCUGUAUUUCAUAAGUUUGAGAGUUCUGUGGAGGCAGCUGAUCAUCUAUUCGAAGUCUCUGGGCGUGGACAUCUUGAUUAUUGGCUAUGUGAGGGUGAACUGCUUCUCAAUUGGCGUGAUAAAGGCUAUAGGAGAUUUCUACAAUUGUUAAUGAAUGCCAAGAAAGAUCAAUCUGAAGAUUUUGGUAUGCUAAACGGUCGAGUUUUGCUGAACAAACGCAUUUCUCAAAUAAAUUGGGAAGGCUCAAAUGAACUGAUUAUUCGCCUAUGGAAUGGUGAGAUUCUAACCGCAGAUCAUGUGAUUUGCACUGUCUCGUUGGGUGUCCUCAAAGAGCAGCAUUCGCAACUCUUUGUGCCAGCCCUGCCGGAGGCGAAAGUACGUGCCAUCAAAGGUCUCAAGCUGGGCACUGUAGAUAAAUUCUUUUUGGAAUUCCCUGAACCUCCAUUGCCAACAGAUUGGCCAGCCUUCAAAUGCCUGUGGCUAGCAAAAGAUCUUGAGGAAUUGCGCAGUACUGAAAUGUUUUGGUUAGAGAGCGUUUUUGGAUUCUAUCCCGUUUCAUAUCAGCCGCGUAUUCUUCAGGGUUGGAUUAUCGGUGAGCAUGCCCGCCACAUGGAAACGUUGACCGAAGAGAAAGUGCUCGAGGGUCUACUCUGGUUGUUUCGUAAAUUUCUGCCUUUUAAUGUGCCACAUCCGCAACGUUUCCUGCGCACUCAAUGGCAUGCGAAUCCCAAUUUCCGUGGCAGCUAUACCUUUCGUUCAACUUACACGGAUGAGCUGAGAACUGGUGGCUGGGAUCUGGAAUCCCCGCUCCUCGAUGUGGGUGGACGACCGCGUUUACAAUUUGCCGGCGAGGCAUCGCACAAACAUUACUUCUCAACCGUCCAUGGGGCCAUCGAGACAGGCUGGCGCGAAGCAGAACGUCUAAAUACCUAUUAUCGUUCCCGCAAUUCCCAAUUGUAGAAACGAAAAUGCAUUUAAAAAUAUUAAAAUAAAAUUAAACCAAUUUUUUUUUCUAUA